AUGCCAACUGCUACCGCGCCUUUUGGAGGAGGUCUUCCCUCCCUCAAAGCCAACAAUAUAGAUGAUUGCACGGCUGCCACCACUGACGACAUCAAAGAUAAACAUUCACCUGCUCAAUCUUCCGAUUUGGAUGAACUCAACAUCAAUGUUCAAGAAAGUCAUGACCAACUUGAUGAUCUAGAACUUGAUCAUCAAACUCUAGUGCCUCAACCUCGAGCUUUGGAUAAUCUCAACGUGGGUAUCAAACCGGAUCCUGACAUAAUGGUUCCGGCUCAAUCUUCUGCUGUGGACCCUGUCGUGAGGCCCGGUAAUUUGAAGAUUAAGCUGUUGGUGCAGAAGCAGGCGCUUGAUCCUUUAAUUCCAGUUGAACCAACGACAAAAAGGUCGGUUACUGUGAAAGCAGAGAGCGGCCCCACUGCGGCUCAGAAGCGCAAGGCUGCAGCUGCAGAGAAGCGGAAGGCUGCAGCGGAAAGGCGAGAUUUGGCAAAAAAAAAAAGAUGA